AUGACUGGCGUCCCUCAACGUCUUCGCCCUAGUGUACCCACUAUAUCUCUCUUUAUAGUGGUCGUCGUGAAGGGGUGUGUGACCAUUCUGGAUCAGAUGAUCAUGAAGGUCAGCAAGGAAAUGCUGGAAAUACUGUGCGACUUGGAUUCUAUGCUUUCUCUUUACCUUGGAACCUUGCUCUUGGCACACUUGCCUAUCGUAGCGAUCCACAAGUACGUCUCGACGCCAAGUGUGGCCAAUCCCUCUCCACCUCGCCCUUCCAAAACCCGCAAUGCGAUCUGCAUUGGUCUCGCUCACGUAUACGCUCUAAUCCCUCUGGUACCGACCUUGACUAUAGCCGGAUCAAUGGGCUUUGAUGUGCCCGACGGGUUUGGCAUAUGGUGGGGCUACUACUGCCGGGAGAGAGCCAGCUGGAUGCGAGUCCGUCUGCCUGCCCCAAUCCUUCUGCUUUUUCUGCUCUUUGACCCUUACAUCACCCGCGCUUAUGUCUCGUGGCUGCGACUCCGACGCCCCGUGGACGAGGAGGAAGGCUUUGCAAUCGGUGGCGGAGCCAAGUACUAUGCCUCUAGCAACUCGCUGGUCUAUGAGCCUCAGAAACGGCAGCCGGCUGAUAUCGCAAAGCGUUCGAGCAGCUUUUGGGCACCGCCCCGUGACUCUGAUUUUGUCCCGUGGGAGACAAUGCUGGACCCACCUGUUCCUCGUCUCACGGUACAGCCUCAAUACCAAGAGCGGCAGGAAGACAUCAAGAUGGAAGGGAAACAGCCGCCGCUGGUAGAUGAGAUGCAGAUGCCACGGCAUCCUGAAUCUAUCGCUGAGCCUCCGUCAGCUGGAGACGUUGGCCAAUCGCCCGCGUCUCCUAUGCGGCGGCCCUCCAUGACCCGCUAUCCUCCACCUUGUUACCAGGCGCCAAUGACAAAGCUCAAUUCAGAGUCCCCAUUGAACCGAUACCGCUCUGCCACAUCUACCAUUUAUUCGCGAGCUUCUUCUUGCACGGAAAGCGAGAGUGGAGAGGGUGGGAGGCGGUCAGUGAGGGCCAGUGAUCCUUUCAAGUAUGCUACGUCUACAGUGUAUACAGACAGAAGCUUUCCAUUCCAACUGGAGACCGAGUUGCUGGCUCCAAUGCCUCCAGUCUCUACCUACCCGUUACCAGUCAAUGAUUCGCACUUUUCGGGCGAUGACUUGUCUGAUCCUCAUCAGAGCCCUAGGAAGGUGACACAAGCCUAUACCGGAUCUGAUUCAUCGAAUCAGUCACAAGGCCGAGUAGCCUCCAACGGGCAGGAGCCGACCAAACCAGGUGGAAUGGCCAACGCAAGUAGCGUGACACUCUCGGCUUUUGGGGACAAUUCGCCUUCCCCUCCCUCGUCUGUCAACAAAUCGAGAGGGGAUGUGGUUGAGAAAUCGAGACUAAAUAGGCUAUAG